UUAAUACGUGGCGGUGCGGCGUGCAUUCCCACAUGCACGCGUCGAGAAGGACACCUUCACCCACCCAUCACACCCCUCCACACCACACACCCUCUUGUCGCAUGAUACAACGAUGGCCACGUUGGAGCAGCUGGUGAAGGACAAGGAGUCCGCGAAUGCUCUGGUGAAGAGCAAGAACUACCAGGAAGCCUCUGUAACAUAUGAACGGAUCAUCGUGGACUUGGCUGAUGUGGAGGACAACGACACAUCAAAGUCGCUGCACAAGGCAUGCAAGCUCAACCUUUCCUUGUGCAAGCUGCAGCUGAAGCAGCCACGUGAGGCCAUCCAGUACUGCACAGAGGUCCUACGAGUGGACAGCAACAACGUGAAGGCGCUGUACCGACGCGGUCUUGCGUUUGAGAUGCAGGGCGACAAGGCACGCGCCACCAAGGACUUGGACUCCGCGGUCACCCUCUCGCCAAAUGACACCGUCAUCAAGCAAGCACGCGACCGCGUCAAGGGCGUGGCCACCCCUGGCCAGUCGCGCGCCACAGCGCCGCCGUCAUCACAGCCGGCCGCGCCGUCGAUGCCUGCAGGCAUGCCGCCGAACAUGUCGCCUGAGAUGGCGCAGCAGGCGUCGCGCAUGGUGCAGGAGAACCCGUCUCUGCUGAAGCAGGCAGCAGCACAGCUUAAUAACAUGAGCGAUGCGCAGUUGGAAAUGCUUGCACGCAUGCAAGGCAUCUCUGUUGACCAGCUGAAGCGAGCAAAGAGCCACGCAUCACAGAUGUCUGCAAUGCAGGAUGAUCACAUCCGCAGCAUGGCGUCAAUGAUGAACGCGCGCAACUUUGCAGGCAGUGGUGGCACCAGCGGCACUGGGGCAGCGGCAACGACAGGAACAACAACGACAGGCAGCAGCAGCACGAGCAAUGCCAAGAAUGAUGAGUGUGAAGAUGAUGAUGAUGAUGGUGAUGAUGAGGUGGAGGGGUCUGUGCAAGAAGUGACGACAAGCAAGGCAGCAACAGCAGUAACACCACCCUCAACAACAGCAACAACAGCAUCAUCAUCAUCAACAUCAUCAUCAGCAGCAGCACCGUCGGGGCUGGGUGCGGGUGGGUUGUCGGCGGAACAGAUGAGCGCCUUCCAGGCGAUGAUGGGCGGACAGCAGGGGCAGGCCGGCGCAGGCAUGCCGUCAAUGCAGAAUAUGAUGAACAACCCGGAGAUGAUGAAGAAUGCAAUGAACAUGAUGAAGAGCAUGGACCCCGCCACACUCGCCAGCAUGUCGCAGUCGAUGGGCAUGAAGAUGAGUGUUGAUGAUGCCACGCGUCUCAAGUCGCAGAUGGAGAAUUUGACACCAGAGCAGAUGGCAACGCUCGCAGCAUGGCAGCCGCGCAUCGCACGCGCAUGGGCCUUUGUCAAGGGCGUGUACGCGUUUUUGUUUGGGAGCGUGCUGCGUGCCACCAUCACCAUCGUCAUCCUCGCCAUCAUCAUCGGCAACUGGUGGUCAUCGUGACAAUUGCGCAAUCGACACGACAUCUUUCACCACGCCCCCCCCCCCUGUCGUCUCCGUUUAUACUCACGUGAAGGCUUGUUUGAUACGACGUUGUGUGUGUGUGUGUGUGUCUGUCUGUCUGUCUGUGUGUCUGUGUGUCUGUCUGUGUCUGUCUGUAUGUGUCUGUCUGUGUCUGUGUCUGCCUGUUCAUGUCUGUCUGUUCGUGUCUGUAUGUGUCUGUGUCUGUGUGUGUGUGUGGUGUGAACCUCAAAAUACACGUUGUCAACUGCA